CUGGGGACGCGUCCUUGUGAGCAGAGUGCGCGGGCGGGAAGGGAGGUGGGCAGGCGGGCCGGAGAGAGCCUGCGACGAGGAGAGGCGCGGAGAGCGGAGCCGGGCUCUGCCCAGUGGGGAAACCUGAGCGCCGCCGGCCGCCUCGCGGGCCGAGCAUGAGCCCGCGCCCUGCCCGAGAGCGGCCGGGGGCCACGGCCUGGGCGCAGCCCUGAGGCGCUGGCCUGGGGCCGGGACGCCGUGCGCCCGGGGCGCGGGGCCGACAGGGGGCUGGGCGGGGAGCGGCCCGCGCCGGCGGCGGCCGCCUGGGCGCAGAGCCAUGGGGAGCCCCCGGGCCGCGCUGCUCCUGCUCCUCCUGCGCCCGGUCAAGCUGCUGCGGAGGCGCUUCCGGCUGAUGCUGGCGCUCGCCGUGGUGUCCGUGGGACUAUGGACGAUCUAUCUAGAGCUGGUGGCAUCGGCCCGGGUCGGCGGGAACCCCCUGAACCAGAGGUAUGGCAGCUGGAGAGAACUGGCCAAGGCUUUGGCCAACAGGAAUAUUCCAGCUGUGGGUCCACAUCUCCAAUUCUACCGUCCCCAGAGACUGGGCCUCAAGGACCAAGACUUUGAGCAAGGUGGGCGCGGGAACAGCAGCUACCUGAAGUGGAAUAAGCCUGUUCCCUGGCUCUCAGAGUUCCGGGGCCGCGCCAACCUGCAUGUGUUUGAGGACUGGUGCGGCGGUUCCAUCCAGCAGCUCAGGAGGAACCUCCACUUCCCACUGUACCCACACAUCCGCACAAGCCUGAGGAAGCUGGCUGUGUCCCCCAAGUGGACCAACUACGGCCUGCGCAUUUUUGGCUACCUGCACCCCUUCACCGACGGGAGCGUCCAGUUCGCCAUCGCUGCAGACGACAAUGCGGAGUUCUGGCUGAGCCACGACGACCAGGUGUCCGGCCUUCGGUUGUUGGCCAGCGUGGGCAAGACUGGAAAAGAGUGGACUGCCCCUGGAGAGUUUGGGAAAUUCCAGAGUCAAAUUUCCAAGCCAGUGAGCCUGUCUGCCUCCCAAAGGUACUACUUCGAGGUGCUGCACAAGCAGAAUGAUGAGGGCACCGACCACGUGGAAGUCGCGUGGCGACGGAAUGAACCUGGAGCCCAGUUCACCAUUAUUGACUCCCCUUCCCUGUCCCUCUUCACAAAUGAGACAGUCCUGAGGAUGGACGAGGUGGGCCACAUCCCACAGACAGCAGCCAGCCAUGCGGGCUCCCCUGACUCUCUCCCUGGAGAUGAGCAGCCCCCCGCUGACAUGCUACGGCCUGACCCCCGGGACAGCCUCUAUCGAGUGCCUCUGGUCCCCAAGUCUCAUCUCCGCCACAUCCUGCCUGAUUGUCCCUACAAACCCAGCUACCUGGUGGACGGGCUCCCUCUGCAACGCUACCAGGGCCUCCGGUUUGUCCACCUGUCCUUUGUUUACCCCAAUGAUUAUACCCGCCUGAGCCACAUGGAGACCCAGAAUAAGUGCUUCUACCAGGAAAAUGCGUACUCCCAGGACAGGUUCAGCUUCCAGGAAUACAUCAAGAUUGACCAGCCUGAGGAGCAGGGGCCAGAGCAGCCAGGUUUUGAGGAAGGCCUUCUGGAAGAAUCUCAGUAUGGAGAAGUGGCAGAGGAGAGCCCUGACUCCAAUGACUGGACUACCAGGAUGCUAGAGGAGAAGCAAGUGCCUACCUCUACCCCAGGGCAGCAUGUCACUGAUGACCGCCUCCGAAGCCUGCGGAAACUCCUGGCUCAGCCCCAGGAGGGUCUGCUGGUGCCCUUUUCCAAGCAGAACUCCACAAGUCCCUUCCCAGUGAGGACCAGCAGCAUCCCAGUCCAGCAGCCAGAGAAAAGGAAGAGGAAACCCAGCUCAGAUCCUCCUCGUUCCGACAAGUGGCCACCUGGGCACCUGGCAGGGAACCUGCCCCGGGUCAGAAGGCCCAGGCCCACAGGGGAUGGCCCCAGGAAGACUCCAGGGCAGUCCCAGUGGCUGAAUCAAGUAGAGACAUACAUUGCAGAGCAGAGGAGGGGGGACAGGAUGCAACCUUUGGCUCCUGGAAAGGCUUGGACUGGGGAGGAGGAGGAAGGGGUAGCAGCUGCAGGCCAGGAAGGACAAGUGGAGGGAGAGGAAGAGGGGGAGGAAGAGGAAGAGGAAGAGGACGUGAGUGAGGUGUUCGAAUAUGUGCCCAUGUUUGACCCGGUGGUGAACUGGGACCAGACCUUCAGUGCCCGGCACCUUGACUUCCAAGCCCUGCGGACCGACUGGAUUGAUCUGAACUGUAACACAUCAGGCAACCUGCUGCUUCCGGAGCAGGAGGCUCUAGAGGUCACACGGGUCUUCCUGAGGAAGCUCAACCAGAGGAGCCGGGGGAGGUACCAGCUGCAGCGCAUUGUGAACGUGGAGAAGCGUCAGGACCAGCUGCGCGGGGGGCGCUACCUCCUGGAGCUUGAGCUGCUGGAGCAUGGCCAGCGCCUGGUGCGGCUCUCUGAGUAUGUGUCUACGCGGGGCUGGCAGGGCAUUGACCCAGCUGGUGGGCACGAAGCCGAGGCCCGGAACCUGCAGGGCCUGGUCUGGGGCCCACACAACCGCCGGAGACAUAUCCUGAGUGUCCGGGCCCCAGAGCCCAAGCUGUGCUGGCCCCAGGGCUUCUCCUGGAAUCACCGCGCCGUGGUGCACUUCGUGGUGCCGGUAAAGAACCAGGCACGCUGGGUGCAGCAAUUCAUCAGAGACAUGGAAGAGCUGUUCCAGGUCACCAGUGACCCACACUUCAACAUCAUCAUCACUGACUAUAGCAGUGAGGACAUGGAUGUCGAGAUGGCCCUGAAGAGGUCCAAGCUGCGGAGCUACCAGUACCUGAAGCUGAGUGGAAACUUCGAGCGCUCAGCUGGUCUUCAGGCUGGCAUAGACCUGGUGAAGGACCCUCACAGCAUCGUCUUCCUCUGUGACCUCCACAUCCACUUCCCAGCUGGGGUCAUCGAUACUGUCCGGAAGCACUGUGUGGAGGGCAAGAUGACUUUUGCGCCCAUGGUGAUGAGGCUGCAUUGCGGGGCCACCCCCCAGUGGCCUGAGGGCUACUGGGAGGUGAAUGGAUUUGGGCUGCUUGGCAUCUACAAGUCAGACCUGGACAGGAUCGGGGGCAUGAACACCAAGGAAUUCCGAGACCGCUGGGGUGGGGAAGACUGGGAGCUGCUGGACAGGAUCCUCCAGGCGGGUCUGGAAGUGGAGCGGCUCUCACUGAGGAACUUCUUCCAUCACUUCCACUCCAAGCGCGGCAUGUGGAACCGCCGGCAGAUGAAGGUGCUGUAACCCGAGGGUGCCCACGGGGCUGCCGCUUCCUGCUCCCUGACUUGGGGUUGUCCCCCCAGAGCCCCGCUCACCGCUGGAGGAGAGCAGGGCGGCGACGCCGUGACUGGCCCCGAGAGGCCUCCGAGCUAGUGCCCGGGCCCCCGGCGCUGCGCCUGCACCCACCGUGCCUCCACAGGCAGGCUUCGGGCCGGGCCAGGAGGGGCUGCUCGCUCACUGUCCGUGGAGGUGGACCAGCAGCUCCGGGAAGGCUGGCUGCACAGUGAGGUUGAGCAGGGAAGGAGGGUCUGCUGGAGUGGCCCCAUCCCGAUGUCCACCCAGGCCCCUCACAGGAGUAGUGACUAGCAACCGGAAACUCUAGGGGACAAACUUUAUUGGCGUUUUUAUUUUUUUAACAGCAAAACAAACCUGUAACUGUCCGGACCCAGCAUUGACUAUGGAGGGGAUGGAGCCACGCGUGUAGGGCGAGUGUGUAUCCCAGAGUAGCAAUACCUGCAUACCUCAGACCCCCUCCUGUGUAGAGGCGUGUCCCCCGUCCUCCAACGGGCAGCUAAUGUAGGUCCAGAGGCGCUGGCCCCGCGUGGGCAUUCUCAGCAAUACCGGAGGCUUGUGCCUUCCUGCGACGCACAUCUCACCCAGGUGGCCACUGAGCAGCUGGCCACCAAGUAGGGCAUUUCCCUUACCCUCCAGGCGGCACUAACUUCACCUGACCAAAAGCACAGAGCUGGCGUCUUCCUGCUGCCACAGGAGGUAGGGAGACAGAGAACUGCUGGGUAGUGAGGCCAGGCAAGGUGGAGGGGGCAGGGAAGCGAAGCCCCUUUCCGGCCCCAGGUCCCAGCCCGCCUGCGAACCACAGGCUUGAGAAGUACACAAAGCAGCGGGGAAAGACGAUGUGGACGGAAGGAAGCCCGCAACUUCGCGGGGGGUGUGGGAGGACUUCCAGCAGGAAGGGACGGAAAGGGAAGUGGGAAGCUUGAGUCCCGGCAGACCCGCCCCCACCCCCGGGCUGCAGGGAGAAGCCAGCCCCCGCCUCAGGUGAAGAAGAAGAGGAAGGACUGUGGGUGAAGCUCCGCCCAGGCCAGGGUGGGGCAGGGAGCAGGUUUGGGGAGGUGGGGGCAACACCCUGGGAUUCCUUCCCCAAGGAGAAGGAAGCAGGGCUAGGAGGAACUGAGAAAUGAAGCCAUUUCAGGGAGAAGAGCCCUGGCCUCACAGCCCAGGGCCACCCUUUGUGUCAGGAGAUGCCACAUUUUAUUUUGCACUAAAUUCCUGGGUGCCUUUGUGGCCGUGGUUUUGCUCCCCCUGCUGCUGAAUUCACCAGUGGUGCACUGGACACUGGAUGGUGAACUCCAGUGUUCAGGGAGGUGACGCCUGGGCUCCCUGCUGUGAGGCAGGGCCCAGGAGCCAGGCAGCUCGCCCUGCCGCGCUCCGCGCUGCGACGGAUCCCAGCAACAGCGCUGGGAGCUGCAUUCACCAAGAGUGUACGCUUGGCACAUGGGAGAAUGGAGGCCGUGGAGAACCCUCUGCUGGUUGAAGAGAAUCUCUGAGUCCCUCUAAGAAACCAGGAAGGAAAAGACUUUUAAAUUAAUAGGCUGUGGCUGAUGCUGCCAUCCUGCUCUGCCGCUGCGAUCUGGCUUUUUAUUGCCCUGCUCAGGCUCUCCCCUAAGCGCUGUGGGACAGAGGGGAGAGGAGCAGUGGGCCACUGGGGUUCCAAGUUCUUUCUGGGGCCACUCAUCGUGGGCAUGCAGUGGGAGGCCUGAGCCAGCCUCCCCUUCCUGCCCGCCACCCCGUGCCUCAGCCAGUGCCUUUUGUUCAAUGUUUGUUACCUCCACACCAUCUGCCUUAAGGGAGGGGCCUGUGUAGGGUGG